UGGCCGCUGGUUUGUCUGCGGCUCGGAGUGGGGAUUUGCAUACCAAGGUUGCUCUGCCCAGCCUAGGACAAUGGGGAGGAAAAAAAUACAGAUCUCACGCAUUCUGGACCAAAGGAAUCGGCAGGUGACAUUUACAAAAAGGAAGUUUGGGCUGAUGAAGAAGGCCUACGAGCUGAGCGUGCUCUGCGACUGCGAGAUCGCUCUCAUCAUCUUCAACAGCGCCAACCGCCUCUUCCAGUACGCCAGCACGGACAUGGACCGCGUGCUGCUCAAGUACACGGAGUACAGUGAGCCCCACGAGAGCCGCACCAACACCGACAUCCUCGAGACACUGAAGAGGAGGGGUGUGGGCCUCGAUGGGCCAGAGCUGGAGUCAGAUGAGGGACCUGAGGGGCCGGGAGAAAAGCUGCGGAGGCUGGCAGGUGACGGGGGCGAUCCAGCCUUGCCCCGCCCCCGACUCUUUCCAGCGGCCCCCACUAUGCCCAGCCCAGACAUGGUAUAUGGGGCCCUGCCCCCUCCAGGCUGUGACUCCAGUGGGCUUGGGGAGGCCCUCCCUGCCCAAAGCCGCCCAUCCCCCUUCCGGCCAACAGCCCCCAAACCCGGGCCCCCAGGCCUGGCCCACCCUCUCUUCUCAUCAAGCCACCUUGCCAGCAAGACACCACCACCCUUGUACCUGGCAGCAGAUGGGCGGAGGUCAGACCUGCCUGGUGGCCUUGCAGGGGGCCGCGGGGGACUGAGCACUUCGAGAGGCCUCUAUGGUAGCCUGCAGAGUCCAUGCUCCGCUGCAGCUCCGGGGCCCCCACUCGGAAGCUUCCCCUUCCUCCCAGCAGGCCCCCCAGAAUACGGCCUUGGAGACCCCCCUCCGCCUCCCGGCUUGCUGCAGCCCCCUACCCUGGCCCCCUGGCAGCCUUCGAGGGGUGAUGGGCCCCUAGUCCCGGCUGCCCAGCCCAGCGGGGGCCGCAGCCUGGGCGAGGAGGGGCCUCCAGCCCGCGGUGCCUCCCCAACGACCCCCCAGGUCAGCAUCAAGUCUGAGCGCCUCUCGCCGGCACCUGGGGGCCCCGGCGACUUUCCCAAGACCUUCCCCUACCCCUUGCUCCUGGCCCGGCCCCUGGCAGAGCCCCUGCGGCCCGGGCCCCCGCUGCGCCGGCUACCCGCUGCGGACAGCUGGCCCCGGUAG